GCAGCAGGGGACAGAGCUGCGCUGCACAGGAUCGGGAACCAUGGGCUCCCGGCACUUCCCUGCCCGGACUGUGCUCUUUGAGAAGGAGUCCACUGGUGUCACAUACCGCGUGCCAGCCCUGCUCUACCUGCCCUGUGUGGCCAAGCUGCUGGCCUUUGCCGAGGAGCGGCUGAGCGCCGACGAUGCCCACGCCAACCUGCUGGUGCUGCGCCGUGGCACCGUCUAUGGCAGCUACGUGGAGUGGGAAGACAUGAGGGUGCUGGAGACGGCGGCACUGCAGCACCACCGCUCAAUGAACCCCUGCCCACUCUAUGAUGAGUUCACCGGCACCCUCUUCCUCUUCUUCAUCACGGUGCUGGGCAGGACACCCGAAGCCUUCCAGAUUGUCACCGGGCAGAAUGUCACUCGCCUCUGCUGCGUCACCAGCGCCGAUCAGGGCCUGAGCUGGAGCAAAGCCACUGACCUGACGCAGCAGGUCAUCGGCAGGGCCAUCAAAGAGUGGGCCACCUUCGCGCUGGGCCCAGGGCAUGGGAUCCAGCUGCGCUCCGGCCGGCUGCUGGUGCCCGCCUACAGCUACCACAUCGACUGCAAGGAGUGCUUCGGGCAGCUCUGCAAGACCACCCCGCACUCUUUUGCCUUCUACAGUGACGACCACGGCCAGGGAUGGCGUUUUGGGGAGUUCAUCCCCAACCUGCAGACAGGAGAGUGCCAGCUGGUCUCGGUGGAUGAGGAGGAUGGCUCCAACGUCCUCUACUGCAAUGCCCGCAGCUCCCUGGGCUUCCGUGUCCAGGCACUGAGCACUGAUGACGGGGCUGUUUUCCAUGGGGGGCAGCUGGUCCCACGGCUGGUCGAGCCCCCACACGGCUGCCACGGCAGCAUCAUCGGCUUCCCCGCACCUUUGGUGACUUCAACAGGACCUCGCAGCUGCGCCUCAUUCCAAGGGGAUCCCCAAGGCACUCCUGGGCCCUUCUUUCAAGCGCCGACAUGGGUGCUCUACUCACACCCCACCAGCUCCAUGUCGCGGGUCAACAUGGGGGUUCACCUCAGCACCUUCCCCAGGGAUGCAGACAGCUGGACUGAGCCCUGGGUCAUCUACGAGGGCCCGAGCGCUUACUCAGACCUGGCUUACAUGGAGCUGCCCCACAGCCAGUUUCCCGUCUCUGGUGGCCCGGCCAUUGCUUUUGCCUGUCUUUACGAGAAUGGGAAGCGCUCGCCCUAUGAGCAGAUCUCCUUCAGCAUGUUCACGCUGCACGACGUGCUCCAGAACAUCCCCCUGACAGCUGCAGUGCCCCACAGGAAGCGAAGGCGAAGGAGCUGUUGUGUCUGCUAGAGCCGCCCGCAGUGUCCCCUGGCAGGGGACAGCCAUGGACAGAUGGGGCCGGCUGCCACCGGUGGCCUGGCUGGAGCUAGUGGCACCUGGGGACAGCCUGGCUUGAGCCCUGUGGCACUGUGAGCAGUGCUGAUGUUGGGAUGCUGGGAGCUGGACCAUGCUGAGGGCUGCUGCCCCAAAACAGGGUUUUAUCUCAUUUUUAUUGCUGAUUUUUAAAUAUAUGGUGGUUGGGCUUAAAAGUUCAUGCUGAUACAACUGUGUCAUGCCAGUUCUCAGCCAAUGUCCCUCUGUCCUACCACCCUUCCUCCAUCUAAAAUCCUUCUGAAUAAAUAACUGAUUCCUAAUGCAACUCCCCUGCCGCUUCCAGCUUCACACCUGUGCUGGAGAUGCUAUCUCACCAGCCCCCAAAAAACCCUGCCAGUGGGUAAGCUUCACACCCAGAUCCACAGCACCCC